AUGGGUUUUAGAACAAUUUCUCCUCAAGUGUGGGUGUCCUACCACUAUCAUUUCUAUGUAAUUUAUCCCAAUGAAGCACGUAUGUUGACGCUACUUGAUACGCUCACCAGUGCUAUCGGUCCCGCAAAAGUGGCGAUCAUGCUCUGGGCAGCGCAAAGGUCUCCAGAUUUGCUAGCCAGAGAGUGGGCCCUUUAUUUUCAAAAAGCACAAUAUCAGGAAUGGCUUACCAAGGGGCUAUUACCUGACACUGUUCAGCAGGUAAUAGCGAAUGACGUGAAGAUUGGCGAUUACGGAGUGUAUUUUAGAACUUAG